AUGGCGCCGCAUGCAGACAAAGAUGGCCAGAACGGCGGUGGCUCGCCGCUGCCGUCCUCUAGGUACCACGCGACCUCUACCAAGGGAGCAAUUGCUGCCGAGAGCCAGUACGCCGCCCACAACUACCAUCCGAUCCCCAUCGUCUUCUCCAAAGCCCAGGGGGUCAACGUGUGGGACCCCGAGGGCAAGCACUACCUCGAUUUCCUCUCUGCCUACAGUGCGGUCAACCAAGGCCACUGCCACCCCGAGCUGAUCAAAGCCCUCACCGAACAGGCAGGUCGAUUGACGCUGAGCUCGCGAGCUUUCUACAACGACGUCUUCCCGGUCUGGGCUGAGAAGGUUUCGAGGGUGUUUGGCUACGACAUGGUGUUGCCCAUGAAUACCGGCGCCGAGGCCGUCGAGACGGCUAUAAAGAUUGCGAGGAAGUGGGCGUACAAGGUCAAGAAGGUUCCGCAGGGAAAGGCUCUUGUCUUCGCCGCGUCUGACAACUUCCACGGCCGCACCAUGACGGCUAUUUCUCUGUCCGUCGACCCGGAAUCAAGGGAUAACUACGGACCGUACGUGCCCAACAUCGGGGCUGUAAAUCCAUCCACCGGGAAGCCGAUUCGAUACAACAACAUUCCGGACCUGGAGGCUGUCCUGGAGGCACAUGGGAAGGAGACGGCGGCUUUCAUUGUCGAGCCCAUCCAAGGCGAGGCAGGAGUGGUCGUCCCGGACGACGACUACCUCCCCAAGGUUGCGGAGCUCUGCAAGAAGCACAACGUUCUCUUCAUCUGUGAUGAGAUCCAAACCGGCAUUGCUCGCACCGGCCGGAUGCUAUGUUCCGAGUGGGCGGGCGUCAAGCCGGACUUGGUGACCCUGGGUAAGGCAAUCUCGGGCGGCAUGUAUCCCGUAAGUUGCGUUCUCGGCAACAAAGACGUCAUGCUCGUCAUCGAGCCGGGCACCCACGGGUCGACGUACGGGGGGAAUCCCCUUGGCUGUGCCGUCUCGCUCCGCGCGCUAGAGCUGGUCGAGGAGGAGAAGCUGAUGGACAGGGCAGAGCGGUUGGGUCACAUCUUCCGCGAGGGUGUUGCGUCCUUCAAAUCGCCCAUCAUCCAGACGAUACGUGGAAAGGGCCUAUUGAACGCCGUGGUCAUAGACGAGUCGGCUGCUGCUGGCAGGACAGCUUGGGAUCUAUGCAUUCUACUAAAACGAAAGGGCUUGCUGGCGAAACCGACUCACGGCAAUAUUAUCCGAUUUGCUCCCCCGUUAAUCAUCACAGAAGAAGAGCUGCAGAAGGCUCUCACUCUCAUUGGAGAGUCGCUGAGGGAGUUGCCUACGGCGGAGAAAGCCGAAUCACAUUAG